CCAUAAUCACAAAAACUAAACAAAAUCAAAUCUCAAAAUGUUCUCCAGAAAACUAUUAUUGUGAAAAAAAGGGAACAAACAAAGUGGGUGAAAUACAUGGGAAUCUUCAUCACUGUUUAAUUAUUGAAAAUUUGAAAUACAAUAGAUGCUGAAAUGUGGGGUUUAGUAACGUUAUACUGAAGAAUAGAAACUCCAAACCCAGAAAAGGGAAAUCAGUGCAAUAAUAUUCAAUGGGAUGGGGAAGAGGAUUAUACGAGGGAGUAAUAGGAGUGGGAUCGUUAACUUUACUGGGUUGGACGGGGUUAUGGUUUUUGAAUCGGCGACUGUAUAAAGAGUAUGAAGAGAAGAGAGUACUGGUUCAGAUCAUCUUCAGUGUUGUUUUCGCUUUCUCCUGCAACCUUUUUCAGCUUGUACUUUUCGAGAUCAUUCCCCUUCUUUCUAAAGAGGCAAGAUGGAUGAAUUGGAAGGUGGACUUGUUUUGUUUGAUAUUGUUACUAGUCUUCAUGUUGCCCUAUUAUCAUUGCUACCUGAUGCUUUGCAACAGUGGCGUGAGGAAGGAACGGGCUGCAGUGGGUGCUAUCUUAUUCUUGUUGGCUUUUCUCUAUGGUUUUUGGCGUUUGGGCAUUCACUUUCCAAUGCCUUCACCUGACAGAGGAUUUUUCACCAUACCUCAGCUGGUUAGCAGGAUUGGAGUGAUUGGUGUGACUGUCAUGGCUAUCCUUUCAGGUUUUGGAGCAGUAAAUUUGCCGUACAGUUAUCUAUCUCUAUUCAUCAGAGAAAUAGAGGAAUCUGAGAUCAAAGGACUGGAGAGGCAGCUGAUGCAGUCAAUUGAAACUUGCAUUGCAAAGAAAAAGAAAAUUAUUCUUUGUCAAAGGGAAAUGGAGCGGAUCCUAGAUUCAGAAGAGAAAACAAAAGCGAAUUCCUUCUUUAAGCGCAUUGUGGGAACAGUUGUACGAUCCGUUCAGGAUGACCAAAAGGAACAAGAUAUUAGAAAUAUGGAAAACGAGGUUCAGGCCUUAGAGGAACUAUCAAAGCAGCUUUUCUUGGAAAUUUAUGAGCUUCGCCAAGCUAAGGAAGCUGCUGCUUAUUCUCGAACAUGGAAGGGUCACUUGCAAAAUCUUUUGGGCUAUGUGUGUUCUGUGUAUUGUGUGUAUAAAAUGAUAAAGUCUCUUCAGAGUGUUGUUUUCAAGGAGGCCGGUUCUGUCGAUCCUGUAACAAGGACAAUCAGCAUAUUUUUACAGUUCUUCGACAUUGGAAUAAAUGUCAACUUAUUAUCACAGUACAUCUCUCUCCUGUUCAUUGGGGUAUUGAUUGUGGUCUCAGUGAGGGGCUUCCUGACUAACUUGAUGAAGUUCUUCUUUGCAGUUUCCAGAGUUGGAAGUGGAUCAUCAAGUAAUGUCGUGCUUUUUCUCUCUGAAAUCAUGGGAAUGUAUUUCCUGUCGUCCAUUCUUUUGAUUAGAAAGAGCCUGGCAACCGAAUAUCGGAUAAUCAUAACGGAUGUAUUAGGUGGAGACAUUCAAUUUGACUUCUAUCACAGGUGGUUUGAUGCAAUAUUUGUAGCAAGUGCCUUCUUAUCUCUGCUUUUGCUAUCUGCGCACUAUACAGCUCGAAAGGCCGAUAAUAAGCACCCAAUUGAUUAAAACAUUUUCCUCAGUGAAGAGGCAAUUUUUACUUUUAGUCCACAAGGAAUUACCACUAUUCUUUGUAAUGUUGUAUCAUUGAUAUAGUAGAAAUUUUUGCAUGAUCAAAGCCCUCUGGUUCACAUCUGUUUGAUAUCUUCUAAAUUCAAGUUGACAACCCAAAAUUUCCAAAUUUUUUUGGGGUAUUA